AUGAAGCUUCGUUGGCCUUUGGCUGCAUGUUCAAUGGAACGCCAUUUCAUGCACUUUAUCCUGACAUGAGUGAUUCUAUAAUUUACCAUUCUCUUAUUGCAACCAAGCCCCGAAUAAUGUUCUGUUGUGCCCAAGACUACGCUAAAUUAAAAAAAAUUGGCUGAUACGAUAAAUAAUCAAAUGGUAACCAAGUUCAUAAUCUUUGAUGGAAAUGUAGAAGGUAUUACAAAUAUACUUGAUAUAUUUCAAACACAAUUGCAACCUGAUUAUAAGCCCGAAAGCUUUAAAAAUGGCAUAGAUCGAAUGUUGGCCAUAUUGAAUACUUCCGGCACAACUGGCAUACCAAAGGCAGUUACCAUUUCGAGCAGUCGAAAGAUAUUUGAUCCAUACAGAUAUCUCUGUCAAAAUGAUGUACAAUAUGCGGCAACUCCCCUAAACUGGGUGUCUGGCUUGGUGGCUUUGAUUACGUCUGGAGUGUACGGAACGUUACGAAUUAUUUCCAAAGAAGCUUUUAGUGCCACUUCAUUCUUGACCUUGUGUGGAGAAUAUAAAAUCACUUGGACUGUGGUGGCUACCCCUUACAUUGCUAUGAUAGCGAAUAGCAAGGAGGUGAAUGCCAAGCAACUAAGUAGUCUACAGUAUAUACUGUACGCAGGAGAUCGAUCUCUAACUGGGACAUUGCAAAAAAAUGCAAUCGUAUUUGCAAUGUGA